AUGGGAGGAAAAAAGAUCUCGGAACGUUCCAUCAAGAAAAAGUCGAGUCCCACCCACCCCUUCUCGAGAAGAGCUACCCAGCUUGCGAGAGUAGCGCACCGCAAAGAUAAGCUCACUCAGGCCAAGGCUGUCCGAAAUCGCUCCUCAAAUGCCAAGGUCGACCGUCUCUCCACUCUCAUUCUCAUGCUUCCGGACGACAUUGAUGCUUUGCCAGAUCUUGCCACUGUGCACUCCUUCAUCACCGGAAACUUCCUCACACGACACAAUGACCAGCUUGACCAGCUCAAAGCCGAUCGGAGGCCAGGUAGGCCGCCUCACAAGCGUGAGCUCGAGCUGAAACAGAUCAUCGCCCUGGAGCUCCAAGAAUACGAACAAGGUUUCGAGGUCCCAGAUCUCACAAGCAAAACCAACGUCAAGCUCCUUCGAGAUUGGCAAGGUGAUCCGCAAGCCUUUCCUCUCUUCCGCAUGGUCCGCAUCAGCGGAAAAUACCCUGAGCAAUGCAAUCUAAUCCACCCCGGCAACCAUAAGCUUCUUCAGCUUGAGGAAAAGGAGCCAGGCGCGUCGGCCUCUGCUGAGUCCUCAUUCGAGAUGGACAUCACCCAGAAUGGCAACUCCGUGGACUCACCUGCCUUCCAACGCGCUGACGAGUUCGCUCAAAUGGGCUGA